AUGGUCGAUCUUUUGGGUGCAGAAAAUUUGAAAGUGGUUCUUGUGAGUCAUUCUUGAGGAAGUUACUAAGAACGGCUACAGUAUUUAGGGUGAUCUGGAAAAAAUUGAAAUAAGAGCCAUCGAAGUGACUAGACUGAUCCGCGAGCCGCUUUUCGAUCCGAGCCUAUUCGGACAGUUUGCCGAUGUUCUUUUUGAUAUUCAAAGAAAAAUUCGCGACUUUCGAACGUCUCUAAGUAAAACUCCGACUGAUUUUGAUUGUUAUGUAAGACUAUUGAAGCUAUAAGUGGUUGCUGAUUGUAUCAUUUUAGGCUUACAAUAAGUUCCUAGCUUAUGCGUCUUCAAAACUGGACCAUUGCCAUAAAAUCGCUCGUCAUCAAGUCAAGCCUUCAAGAUCAUCAAAUGUUCCGGAAAGGACCCGCACGGCUCGGAUAACCGUAGCCCCUGCCCCUGCUCCUGCCCGACCAGACACUUACCAACCAUAUGAACCAUACGAAACACACACCAAUAAUGGAUAUCCUGGAAGAUCCUAA